AUGGCAGCUUUUGCAAGUGAUGAUGUUAUUACACCCCAGGUCAAGGAGAGUGACAUAAAUUCAGGUUUUGAUGAACCAAAUAGCCCGAAUACUGACGGGUGGACUGUGCUGCGCGACGCUGUUACUGAAGACGCGCUAGACGUCGUAAAAUAUCUUGUUGAAACAGGCGCUGAUGUAAAUGGAAAAAAUGUUGAUGAGAGGACAGUUCUGCACGAUGCUGUCACAGAAAGUACCCUUGAGAUGGUUAGAUAUCUUGUAGAAAACGGUGCUGAUGUGAAUACCAAGUUUACAGACGGGUGGACAGUGCUGCACUCAGCUGUUAAUAAAGAUAGGCUAGAAAUUGUGAAACAUCUUGUUGAAAACGGCGCUGAUGUAAACGGGAAGGAUACUUACGGGUGGACUGUGCUUCACAGUGCAGUUACUAAUGGGUCGUUAGAAAUGAUAAAGUAUCUUAUUAAAAACGGCGCAGAUGUAAAUGGUAAGGAAAAUAACGGGUGGACAGUGCUCUACUACGCCGUCACUGAAGGUUCGCCUGAAAUUGCAAAACAUCUCGUUGAAAACGGCGCUGAUGUCAAUGGGAAGAGUAUUGAUGAGACUACAGUGCUUCACGAUGCUGUUUUGGAAAGUACACUGGAAAUGGCAAAAUAUCUUGUUGAAAAUGGCGCAGAUGUAAAUAGCAAGAAUGCUUGCGGGUGGACAGUGCUACACAGCGCUAUUACUACUAAAGGUACGCUAGAGAUGCUUAAAUAUCUUGUUGAAAAGGGAGCUGAUGUGAAUGGCAAGAUGGCUAAUGGUUGGACAGUGCUGCACUCUGCUGUUACUGAAGGUUCUCUGAAAAUAGUAAAAUAUCUUAUUGAAGAAGGCGCCGAUGUAAAUGGAAAGGAUUCUGACGGGUGCACAGUGCUGCACAUUGCGGUCACUAAAGGUACGUUUGAAAUCGUAAAAUAUCUUGUUGAAAAAGGCGCUGGUGUAAAUGAAAAGGAUACUGACGGGUGGACAGUGCUGCACAGUGCUUGUAGUAAAGGUACGCUAGAAAUAGUGGAAUACCUUGUCAGAAGAGGGGCUGAUGUAAAUGGCAAAAAUUCUAAUGGUUCGACAGUGCUCCAUUGUGCUUGUACAAAAAGUACUCAAGAAAUAGUGAAAUAUAUUGUUGAAAAGGGCGCUGAUGUAAAUGCUGGAAAUGCGCUGGAAAUGGUAAAAUUUCUUGUAGAAAAUGGCGCUGAUGUAAAUGGCAAGAAUACUACCGGCUGGACAGUGCUGCACACUGCUGUUGCAAACGGUUCCCUAGAAAUGGUGGAAUACCUUGUUGAAAAAGGUGCUGAUGUGAAUGGAAAGAAUGCUAACGGCUGUACAGUACUGCACUGUGCUGUUUCUGAAGGCGCUGAUGUAAAUGGUAAUAAAACUAACUGUUGGACUAUACUGCACGCUGCUGUUACGAAUGGUAACCUGGAAAUGGUGAAAUGUCUUGUUGAAAGCAGAGCCGAUGUAAAUAGUAAAAAUGCAUACGGGUGGACAGUGUUGCACUUCGCUGUUACUAGAGGUACGCUAGAAAUUGUAAAGUAUCUUGUUGAAAACGGCGCUGAUGUAAAUGGUGAAAGCAUUAACGCUUUGACAGUGCUGAACGCCGCUGUUUCAGAGGGUACCCAAGAAAUCGUAAAAUAUCUCGUUGAAAAAAAAGCUGAAGUGAAUGGAAAGAAGACUGCCGGUUGCACAGUGCUUCACAAUGCUGUUACGAAUAGUACGCUUGAUAUGGUAGAAUAUCUUGUUCAAAACGGCGCUGAUGUAAAUGGAGAGAAAACUGACGGGAGUACAGUGCUUCAAAGUGCUGUUACUAAAGGCACGCUGGAAAUAGUAAAAUAUCUCGUGGAAAAAGGUGCUGAUGUUAAUGGUAAGAAUGCUUCUGGUUGGACAGUGCUUCACAAUGCUGUUACGAAUGGUAUGCCAGAAAUGGCGAAAUAUCUCGUUGAAAACGGCGCUGAUGUAAAUGGAACGAAUGUGCAUGGUUGGACAGUGCUUCAUCAUGCUGUAACGAAUGGUACGCUGGAAAUGGUGAAAUAUCUCCUUGAAAACGGCGCUAAUGUAAAUGGAAAGAGUGCUUACGGUUGGACAGCGCUGCACGCUGCUGUUACUAAAGGUACGCUGGAAAUAGUAAAAUGUCUUGUGGGAAAAGGUGGUGAUGUAAAUGCAAAGGAUACUAGCAGGUGGACAGUGCUGCACGGUGCUGUUGCUGAAGGUACGCUAGAAAUGGUGAAAUAUCUUGUUGAUAAGGGUGCUGAUAUGAAUAGCGAAAACAACAACGGGUGGACUGUAUUGCACAGUGCUGUUUCUAGAGGGACGUUAGAAAUAGAAAAAUAUCUUGUUGAAAUGGGCGUUGAAGUAAAAGGAAAGAGUUCUGCUGAUGGAUGGGCAGUCUUGCACGUUGCUGUCAUUGGUGGUGGAUUUGAAAUUGUCAAGUAUUUAGUUGAACAGGGCGCUGACAUAACUCUGAAAAGUAAAACCAGCGUUCAUACUCUUGGCAUUGAUAUCCUCAAGAUGGCUGUUGUAAACAAUUCAAUUGUUUUGGUAAAUCGUUUGUUGCAAAAGAAGAUUGCUGUGUGGAGAGCGAGAACAUUUCUUGUUGAAGGAAGGCAAUUGAGUCUUCUUGAAUGGAGUACUCACCUUGGUCAUGAAGAAAUUACUAAUAUCCUCAAAACGUCCGUAAAACAUCGUGAGAAGAUUCACAUGUUGAAAACAAUGAAUUGCAACGAGUUAGGCAAGACUGAAAUACCGAUACAGGCUUUUGUUGCAAAGAAUCAAUUCAAAAUUGGCGGUGGUGGUUUUUCUUCUGUCUAUGUUGGUCUCAUGAAGGAUGGAAGUGAAGUUGCAGUUAAGAGAAUUUUGGUACAAAGUGAGGACAAAACAAUUGAAAACGAAAAGGAGAUCAUGAAUCUUAUUGACACAAACAACUCUCCUUUUAUAGUCAAAUAUCGAUAUUUUCAUCGUGACAAUGACUUCAUGUAUCUUUUUGUUGAUCUUUGCGAAGAAACCUUGAGGGAACUUGUUCAUGCAUGCAGUAUUGACUAUCUACAGGAGCAUGGUCCACGAAUGAUUUGGGAGAUUCUAUCUGGAAUUGAAUUUCUUCACGGUAAAGGAAUAUUGCACAGAGAUCUAAAACCAUCAAAUGUCCUGGUUGAUAUCGAAGGCCGCAUGAAAUUGGGUGAUCUUGGAAUAAGCCGCGUUCUAAAUUACGAUAAAACGACAGUUGUUACAUUCGCUAAAGGAACUCCCGGAUGGAUGCCACCGGAAGUAAUUAAGGCAAUCGACAGAAAUGAAAAGGGUCCUUUUAAAAAGAAAUCGGAUGUCCAGGUGGCGGGUAUGAUUGCUUUCUUUAUCUUAACUAAGGGUGAACACCCUUUUGGAGCUAGCAUAGAUCGAAUGAGAAAUAUUCUACACGGGAAACCCGUCAAUUUGUGGAAACUUGGUCAUGGUAGAGCUAGAAGGUUUGUGUCGUGCCUUAUUGAUCACAAAAUUGACGAUAGACCUUACGCUCACGAAGCACUGAGAGAUCCAUUUGUUAAUGGUGACGAAUGA